UAUGAUGUUUUCACAGUUAUCUUAUCCUAACAACCAUUACUCUAGCUAAGGCACUUUGAAAUUGUGGAAAGGAAAAUCAUUGUUUAUAAGAAAAACUUGGAAGAGACGAAAACUCUGAACAGAGGAAAGAGUCAAGAUGGCGUUGAUUCGAGAGGGCGACCAUGUCUGGUUAUUGGAUGCAGACCCUCAGUCUCAGUGCUCGGUACCGUUGGGUGCGAUGGUUAAGUCAUCACAAGGUGGACAAAUAAAAGUACUGGACGAUGAGAAAAAGGAAAGAUGGUUGAAGUUUGCUUCAGCAAAGAUCAAAGUGAUGCAUCCAACAUCUGUAGAAGGAGUUGAGGACAUGAUCAGACUUGGCGAUCUUAAUGAAGCAGGAAUCCUCAGAAAUUUACUCAUCAGAUAUUAUGAAAAUAAAAUUUAUACAUAUGCAAGUGGAAAGACCUACACUGGUUCAAUCCUUGUGGCUGUCAAUCCCUAUCAAAUCCUUCCCUUGUAUGAGGUGGAUCACAUACGAAUGUAUACGAACCGAAAAAUUGGAGAAUUGCCGCCACAUAUAUUCGCAAUUGCAGAUAAUGCUUACUUCAACAUGAAGAGGACACAGAAAGACCAAUGUGUAAUUGUCAGUGGUGAAUCUGGAGCUGGCAAGACGGAAUCCACGAAGCUAGUUCUUCAAUAUCUGGCAUCAAUAUCUGGGCAACAUUCAUGGAUUGAACAGCAAAUAUUAGAAGCAAAUCCGAUCCUAGAAGCUUUCGGCAAUGCAAAGACUAUUCGUAACGACAAUUCUAGUCGAUUUGGAAAAUUUAUCGACAUUCACUUUUCCAAGAAGGGAGUCAUCAUUGGGGCAAAGAUUGAACAGUAUUUAUUGGAAAAGUCAAGGCUUGUCUACCAAGCAAAUGAAGAGAGAAACUACCACAUAUUUUACUGUAUGUUGGCAGGAAUGAGUUCUGAGCAGAAACAGAAACUUGGACUCGGAAAACCAUCAGAUUAUUUAUACUUAACCCAGGAUUUUUAUCACCAAAAAGAAUCUAAUGCUUGUUUUAAACAAGGAAAGGAUACAGAGGGUUCAUGUCUACAAUGUAAAGGAAGAGACGAUAAAUUGGAAUUUGCAAAUAUUGUCAGUGGAAUGAAGGUUCUCUCCAUUUCUGAUGUUGAGAUCAAUGAAAUUUACAAGCUGCUUGCUGCUAUCUUGCAUAUUGGAAAUUUCAAAUUUGAAGAAACAAUGAUUGAUAAUCUGGAUGCCUGUGAACUUGUCUACAACACAGGAAUAAAAGCAGCAAGUCAUUUACUAGGAGUGAAUGACCAAGCUCUCAUGAAAGCAUUGACUCAGCGGACUCUCAUCAUGCGGGGAGAAACUGUCACUUCACCAAUGAACAUCGCCCAAGCACUAGAUGUCAAGGAUGCCUACAUCAAAGGAGUGUACGGUCGGAUGUUUGUCUGGAUUGUGGACAAAAUCAACAGUGCAAUCUAUGGCGGAGAAAAAGAUCAGGACAAGAGCGAAAUUCUCUCUAUUGGAUUGCUGGAUAUUUUCGGAUUUGAAAACUUUGAAAAUAACAGUUUUGAGCAACUCUGCAUCAACUUUGCGAAUGAGAAUCUCCAACAAUUCUUUGUUCGACACAUUUUUAAGCUUGAACAAGAAGAAUACGAUAAAGAAGAUAUUGAAUGGAGACACAUUGACUUCACUGAUAACCAGGAAAUUCUUGACAUGAUCGCUGUUCGACCAAUGAAUGUGCUGGCUUUGAUCAAUGAGGAAGCUAUGUUUCCAAGGGGCACGGAUAGAACUAUGCUGAACAAGCUUACCAGCAAUCAUGGUAAAAGUGAAUACUUCGAUGUGCCGAAGUCGCAAAAUGAUGACACUUUUGGAAUCAGACAUUUUGCUGGGCCUGUCAGAUAUAGCACGAGUGGAUUUCUUGAACGUAACAGAGACACUUUCCACAGUGAUUUGAUAUCUCUGAUCCAAUCUUCAAAGAAUAAGUUCUUGAAGCUGAUGUUCCAGAAAGAAUUGAAACUCUCUGGCUCCACUCGUAGAAGAAACCAAACAUUGUGUGAGCAGUUCAAACGAUCGUUAGAUGCACUCAUGCGUGCAUUGUCGUCAUGCCUACCAUACUUUGUAAGAUGCAUGAAACCGAAUGAGUUCAAGAAGGCCAAUGAUUUUGAUCGCCAGUUGAUCGCUCGUCAGCUGAGAUAUUCUGGCAUGAUGGAAACAAUUCGGAUAAGAAGAGCUGGUUAUCCAAUCAGAUACACCUUCAGAGAAUUUGUCGACAGGUAUCGAAUGAUUUUGCAUGGAGUUCACAUUGUUCAUGAACGUGAAGAAAUGAUUGAAAUUUGUCGUAAGAUCAUGGAUGAGGCUCUUGGUGACAAAGACUGGCAGGUUGGAAAGAACAAAAUAUUUUUGAAGGAUGAACAUGACAUGCUGCUUGAAAUUGCAAGAGAAACAGCAAUCACUCGAUGGGUGAUUAUCAUUCAACGCAAUGUGCGUCGUUGGAACGCUAGACGUCGCUUCAAAAAGAUGAAAAUCAGUGCUGCUAAGAUCCAAGCAACAUGGAGAGCAUAUAAGCAAAAGAAGAAGUACAAACAGAUGACCCUUGGAUAUGCUCGAUUACAAGCACUCUGGAGAGCACGUCGAUUGGCUUUCCGCUACAACUUUGCUAGGAAGAGAAUCAUUGGUUUCCAAGCUCAUUGUCGUGGUUUCCUGAUAAGAAGACAUUACAGACAUAAGCUCUGGGCUAUAAUGAGAAUCCAAGCUGGUGUGAGAGGACUGAUUGCAAGAAGACAAUACAAGAAACUUCUUCUUGCAAGAGAACAGAAGAAACUGUCAAGAGCUAAGCAACAGGAAUUGGAACGCAUGGAAAGAGAAAAGAGAGAAUUGGCUGAAAAGGAAUUGAAGCAGAAGAAAAUGAGGAUUGAUUUUGCUGAGAAGCAAAAGAAUCGUAAGCAAUCACAAAACGUGGACCACAAUGCAAUGGUUGAUGAAAUGUUUGGUUUCCUUGCUCCGAAUGGGAAUGAUGCUAUGGAAUCAUCAGCUGGACCCUCUGCCUUCAGACGUGACACGGACACUCCAAACAAAUCAAGUGAUCUUGAAGGCUCAUCUUCUGGAGUAGUUUUGACAUCAAUACCAGAUGUAGAAGUUGGAGAAGACAUCUCGGAAUACAAGUUUGCUAAAUUCGCUACAACAUAUUUCCAGGGAAGCGCAGAUCACACUCAUAUAAAAAGGCCAUUGAGGCAGCCUCUGCUUCACCAUGAUAGUGAGGGAGACAAACUUGCUGCUCUGGCUGUAUGGAUUACUAUAUUAAGAUUUAUGGGAGAUUUACCAGAACCAAAAUACCAACCAGAGACAAAUAAUAUGAAGGAGAACACGCCUGUUAUGACUAAAAUUUAUGAAACACUUGGCCGAUCAUAUGCCAAGAAUAAAGCUAACAUGGAACAGAUACAGGGAAGCUAUUCAAAGCGCAAAGCAGGCAGCAUGAAGCAGAAAAUUGUUUCCAUGACUCUGAAGAAAAAGUCCAAAAUUACUGAAGAAGUUGCAAACAGACUGAAACAGGAAGAUACUUGGGUUGAGGGAGAUGAAAACUCAAUGAUAAUCAACAGACCAACAAGCAAUCUUGAAAAGCUUCAUUUCAUCAUUGGAAAUGCAAUUUUGAGACCAAACUUGAGGGAUGAAAUCUACUGUAUGAUCUGCAAACAGCUGAGUCAAAAUACUUCAAAGUCAUCACAUGCUCGCGGGUGGAUUCUGAUGUCACUUUGUGUUGGCUGUUUCGCUCCGAGCGAACGCUUCGUGAAAUACUUGCAAUGCUUUAUACAAGAUGGACCAGCAAAUUAUGCACCAUAUUGUGAGCAGAGGUUGAAGAGAACUUUUGUUAAUGGAACCAGAAACCAGCCACCAAGUUACAUGGAACUGCAUGCUACAAAAUCCAAGAAUCCUCUCAAAUUAGCGAUCACUUUCAUGGAUGGGACAACUAAAACACUACUGGCUGAUUCCGCAACUACAGCGCGGGAAUUGUGCACAGUUCUUGCUGAAAAAAUUGGGGUCAAAGAUCAAUUUGGAUUUUCUCUUUACAUUGCACUGUUUGAUAAGGUCUCAUCACUUGGCUCAGGAGGUGACCAUGUGAUGGAUGCAAUAUCGCAAUGUGAACAAUAUGCUAAAGAGCAGGGGUCAGAAGAAAGACUUGCACCAUGGAGACUGUUCUACAGGAAAGAAAUAUUCACUCCAUGGCAUGAUCCUUCUGUUGAUAAGGCCAGCACAAAGCUUAUUUACCAGCAAGUCAUGAGAGGAAUCAAGUUUGGGGAAUAUCGCUGCGAAUCAGAUGUCGAUCUUGCACAGCUUGCAGCAAAACAGUAUUAUGUGGAAUUCGGGGAUGAGAUUCAGGCACAGCGCUUGAUAUCGCUGAUCCAAAGUUACAUCCCAGACCGGUCAAUUUCAAGUCAGAAAACUAAGGAAUACUGGGCCCAGAUCAUAUCACGAGAGCAUGGAAAGGCCAAUUAUCUUCGAGAGCGUUGGGAACCACGAAGAGUGCAAGAGGACGUUGUUACAUUUGCUCGAUACAAAUGGCCAUUGCUAUUCUCUCGUUUUUAUGAAGCUUAUCGUUUUUCUGGACCGUCUUUACCAAAAGAUGAAGUGAUUAUUGCUGUCAACUGGACAGGGGUCUACAUAGUGGACGAUCAGGAGCAGGUACUGUUGGAACUUUCCUACCCAGAAAUAACAGGAAUUACUGGCAACCGUACUUCUACAAAAGCAGCAGGGUCUAGUUUCACGCUGAACACAGUUAGAGGGGAUGAGUACACUUUCACCUCCAACAAUGCUGAUGAUGUCAGUGAGCUUGUCGCUCACUUUUUAGAAGGAUUGAAAGAACGGUCAAGAUAUGUCGUGUCUUUGCAUAACAACCCAAAUAAAAUUCAACAAGGAGAUACAUUCAUGAAAUUCAACAAAGGAGAUCUGCUCAUUCUCGACCAAGAAGCUGGCGUUGAUUUUCUCUCACAUGGAUGGAGACAUGGAACAAAUGAUAGGAGUGAUAUGAAAGGGGAUUUCCCUACUGAUGUUGUAUAUGUCCUCCCAACUUUGAAAAAACCUCCUCAAGAUAUUGUGACUCUGUUCAGCCUCUCGCCAGCAGAGUUAGAAGAACAAGUUCGUAAACUUGCAAACGAGAAAUCUAAGCCAGAGGAACCUGCUGAAGCUCCUUAUACAUUGGAAGAAUAUGCUGCUGACUUUUUCAGGCCUCCACUUCCCCAAACACUGAGUCGAGUUGUAUCAAACAAAACCAGAAGGAGCAAAGAUAAGUUGUGGGCGAUCAGCAGAGAACCUAUCAAGCAACCUCUACUGGCAAAACUGUCCAUGCAUGACGAAAUGGCUCAAGAAGCUGUUGCCAUAUUUUUGGCUAUCAUGAAAUAUAUGGGGGAUUAUCCAUCAAAGCGUCCAAGACACGGAAAUGAACAAACUGACCAAAUCUUCGAUAGUCCGCUGAAAGUUGAAGUUCUCAGAGAUGAAGUGUAUUGCCAACUGAUGAAACAAUUGACAAACAACAGACAAUACUACAGCGAAGAAAGAGGAUGGGAACUAAUGUGGUUGGCUACAGGAGUUUUUGCUCCAAGCACUCAGCUUCAGCCACAUCUUCAAAAGUUUCUGACAUCAAGAAGAAGCAACCCAAUGGCAAACGAUUGUGUGCACAGAAUUCAGAGAACUUUGCGCCAUGGGCAUCGAAAAUAUCCUCCUCACAUUGUAGAAGUUGAAGCCAUCCAGCAUAAAACAACUCAGAUUUUCCACAAAGUCUAUUUCCCCGAUAGUACUGAUGAGGCAUUUGAAGUUGAGUCAAGCACUCGUGCAAAGGAUUUCUGCCACAAUAUCGCGAAUCGACUUCGACUUAAAUCAUCAGAAGGAUUCAGUUUAUUUGUCAAGAUUGCUGACAAAGUUAUCAGCGUUCCAGAAGCCGAUUUCUUUUUCGAUUUCGUGAGACAUCUGACAGAUUGGCUGAAAAAAGCAAGACCCAGUCGAGAUGGCUCCAUACAACAGCUGACAUACCAAGUCUUUUUCAUGCGUAAGCUAUGGAUGAUGGUAUCUCCUGGAAAAGAUUCCAACGCUGACAAAAUAUUCCAUUACUAUCAAGAAGUUCCUAAGUUCUUGCGAGGUUACCAUAAAUGCACCAGAGAAGAAGGAAUACAACUUGCAGCUCUGAUUUACAGAGUUAAAUUUGGAGAAGACAAGACCCAGUUUCCGAAUAUUCCACGAAUGUUGAAAGAACUUAUCCCGACAGAUUUAUUGAGACUGAUGUCGCCUGAUGACUGGAAGAGGCAAAUUGUUGCUCAAUUCAACAAGCACAGUGGUAAAAGCAAAGAUGAAUCCAAGCUUUCCUUCUUGAAGAUUGUUUAUCGAUGGCAGACAUUCGGUUCUGCCUUUUUCGAUGUCAGGCAAACAACAGAACAAGCUUACCCAGAGAAUCUACUGAUAGCAAUCAAUAAGCAUGGAGUCAGCUUGAUUGAUCCAAAAUCUAAAAAUAUACUGGUAACGUUCCCCUUCACAAAAAUCAGUAACUGGAGCAGUGGAAACACUUAUUUCCACAUGACAAUUGGAAACAUGGUCAGAGGUAGCAAACUUCUGUGUGAAACAACUCUGGGUUACAAAAUGGAUGACCUCCUGACCUCUUACAUCAGUAUGAUGUUGAAUACCAUGACUAAGCAGAAGAACAGGAAGUUAUAAAGUUCAAGGGUCACUAGAAUAAUGACUGUGCAAUCUUAAUACACUCUUCAAUUCAUAGGUUAUGCUGAUGAGCAAAUUUUAAUUUUUCAUAUUCUUGCGAUUAGUACUAUAUAGCUUACUACCAUGCCAGCUUAUUCACUAUUUUGCAGCUAACAGUUCAUUUAACUGCUCGCAAACCUGCGCUUCUGUAUUUUGUAUCCUGCAUUUGAGCUGGAAUUCAUAGAAAGCUUGUUGUCAAAUUUCAAAAUGAGAUAGCAUAAUAAUUUUUGUUUAGGUUAGGGUUAGGCAAUAAUUUUAUUCGGAAUGGAAUUUCUGUGUUAGCCAAGUGAAUAUACCCCCUGCCUAUGGACCUUUCCCCGA